AUGGACUACAAGGCAAAGUUAUUGCCACUGUAACGGAUAAUGCAUCCAAUUUUGCCAAAGCAUUCAGAGUAUGUCAGCUCUGUCAUUUGGAGUCUGAAUCUGAAAAUGAAGAAGGUGAUGACGAGGAACCGACCUUUACUGAUGUCAUAGAAGCUCUUUCAACCGCAUCUGGUGAUGCACAGUUUAGCCUCCCUCCACACUACAGAUGUGCAUCGCACACAAUUAACUUGAUUUCAACAAGCGAUGUUGACAAACAUCUAAAUUCCUGUGGAGACACCAAGGCUGUAUAUAGGAGUAGCAUUGCAAAAUGUUCUGCUCUUUGGACUAAAGCAAGUCGAUCAACAUUAGCCUCUGAACAGGUGGAAGAAGUCAGCCGGAGGAAACUAAUGGUACCGACAUCCACAAGGUGGAAUUCCCUGUAUGAGGCCAUUUCUAGAAUCAUCACAAUUCCCUUGAAUGAACUUAAUCCCCUGUGUGUAAAACUGGGAAUCAAGUGCCUUAAUGAAAGGGAGUACCAGUUCUUGAAAGAGUACUGUACUGUGAUGAAGCCCCUGACAGUGGCUCUGGACAUCUUACAAGGGGAUGAGUGCACCUAUGGGGCUUUACUGCCAACACUCACAAGCCUGAUGUCAAAGACGCUUGCCCUGAAAGAUGACCUCUCUAGAAUGACAGCCAGCCUUCCAGAUGUCAUUGUAAAGGCCAUCAAGACUUGUUUUGAUGCUGUUCUGGAUAGCCAAGAAGGACUUCUCGCAGCGGCCACUUGUCCCAAGUUUAAACUUCGUUGGGUGAGAGAUGAGCAUAGGAGAGAGUAUGUGAAGGAGCUCCUGAUAACAGAGUGUCGUAAAGCUGCUCCUGCAACUGAGAACACUAAUGUGUCCCAAAUUCCAGCCAGCCCAGCCGAAAUUGACUUUUUUGAAUUUCAGAAUCAGCCCACAGAAAGCUUCUCAGCAGAAAAAGAAGUAACUGACUUUUUAAGGUCAGGCUAUGAGCUUGAGAUUCUGAAUCAGUUCCCAAAUCUCAAAAAGAUGUACAUGAAAUACAACAGUCCAACUCCAUCCAGUGCACCAGUGGAACGGCUGUUCAGUUUAGGUGGAUUGGUGCUUUCCCCAAAAAGGAAUAGAAUGUCUGAUAGAAGGUUUGAGAAGCUUCUGCUGAUGCGAUAUAACCACUGUUUCAGUCCAAAAGAAAACAAUAAAACAUAGGUCUUUUUCAGGGUUGCCACAAAAUGAGACUGGAUUAACAGCCUAAAUGUAGCAUGCAAUAGCAUUUUCUGUUUUGGUUAUCUCAAUAUUAUGCCUCUCUGCACUUUACCAACUGUUAAAAGAUGUUAUUGUUAAUUUUAUUUAUUUUAUUUAUUUAUUUUUUGCUGUAUUUAUAUGAAAGAAUGUGUGUGUAUACACAAAAAUAAUUUAUGUUAUAUGCUGGAGUAUGUAGAAAUACAGUUUAAGCCUUUAUUUUCUUAAAAUAUGGUGUAAUGUGCAGAAAUAUGUUUAAAUGUUAAACAAAUUUAUUAAAGUCAAAGACUGUUGAAUUUAAUUUAAUUUUUGUUUGAUGCAGUGUUUAUAAAGUUAAGA